ACGUCGUUCAGGGAAAGCUUUAACAACCUAUACAUUUACCUACCCCUCCACGCAGCCAAGGGAAACGACGCCAGAGUAACGGAUAUAACUUAUCUUCGACUGAGGUAUCAAUAUAAUCUGAAUUUACAGCAAUAGAGACGUUUAUGCUGAGCACGGUUGACCUUUGCUGCAUCAGUUGACGUUUUGGGGAUACACAAAGUGCAGGUCACUUGGCGAUCCUGAAUAACUGCACAGGUCAUACUAUUACAGCUGAAACAAGGCAAUCUGCUGUAACAUCACUAUCUAUCAGCUACAUAUACCAGAACACUAUUGAGCGCGACUAGCAAUGGCCUCCGGAACUCAAGAGUCAGCUAUUGCUGAAGGCCGCCAACUAUACGGCGCCAAGCAAUACAAACCCGCUCUUAAGCAAUUCACCAAAGCAAUGCAACUCUGCGUUUGUACUCGACAAGAGAAACGGCCACGAUGUAGCUGCAAAAACUUCGAAAAGGUUGCUUCUGAGGGCGGUUCCAUCUUCUACGAGGCCAUGUAUACCUGUGCCUGCACGGUGCGCAAGACAUUUAGCAAAUGCGAUAAUAAGCUACACGUACAAGCCCUUGACUACCGUGCCGCAACAUUUGAAGAGAUGAAGGAGCUUGAGAGAGCUCAAAAGGACGCCGAAUGGAUACUAGAACUUGCACCACGGCUUCCAGAUGUUUGAACCUCCCCACCAAACACAUUUCAGCAAUAUACUUACUUGUUCAGGGGUAUUUACGGCUAGGCAAAAUAUCGCGCCUCCAAAAGAAAUAUGAAUUCGCGUGGAAAGUAUACACUGCUGGCAUCGAAGUGGGAAAUAAACACCGCCUUGCUGAAUUGCCCAAGUUUCAGAAACUCCGAGCCGCAAGACAACCAUUGCACAUACGAUUCUAUCGCCAAGACCCUUUGAGAAACCCGCAGGAGAUUGUUCAGCGUAUCUUCCACUACCUCGAUUUCGGGUCUCUCGUCCGAUGUACUGGUGUCUCCAAGGAAUGGAGGCAGUACCUUACUAGUCAUGGCAAUGAACGACUGUGGCGUACCUUGUUCUUCAGAGAGAAACUUGCCCAUGACCGGCCACCUGGCGUGAAGUCACUCAAAAAAUUGAUUUCCUUCUCCGGAAAUGACGUCCGCCAGAUCAUCGUCGAGGACAUAUCUCGCUUCAGACUCACUCAGCACAAAUUAGUUGCCCUAUUACAAGGGUCAAAGAAUCUUGAACAUCUUGAAUUGAGGGGUUCUACCGAAGAAGACCUAACGAUACCGGAAGCAAAGGGUAUACUUAAGAAGCUGAACCAUAUCAUUCUGCAAGACAUAAUCAUCAUGAAGCCCCACAUCAUGGUAUCACUCUUACAACAUGCCCAUGAGAGCUUGCAAACUCUGCACAUCGACGGCUUACCCCAAAUUGACUCAUCAAGCCAGGCCAUCUUUCCACACUUACCUAACCUUCAGUACAUGCGGCUUGAAGAGCCUCGACGGCCAAGUCUUUUCAGACUGCGUACAUGGCAUCUGGCGUCAAAGACGCCACGCAUGCAGCAACUAUAUCUGAAAGACGUUCAACUUUCUGGGGAACUUCCUGCAGAUGCUAAACUGGAUGAAUUUUGGCCAGAACUCAAAGCAGUUACAGUACAUGGACCCAACGAUUCUGACCAGAACACUGCGCAAACAAUCCAGCAACUAACUUCGCUACGUGGAGGCCGCACGCUGCAAUACAUUGAUUUUGAUUUUCGAUGGAGACCUGAUGAUGACGGGCCCCUUGGCUUGAUCAUGUUGUCCGAGAUACUGAAUCGAGAGCCCGAGAUGUUGGCCACCGAUGGGUAUGAUAAGAACUGUCAGUAUUCAGAUCUCCGCUCAUUACGUCUCCGGCGAGCAAUGGUACCGCCAUUAAAACUCCAAAAAGUGCUUCGUGAUACCCUCACUUCGCAUAAGCUCCACACUCUCGAUCUUGCCUUUCCCCUCGAUCCUCAAGGCGUUCUCGAAGGAUCUGGCAGUACCAAACACAUUCAAGAUCAUGCCUGGCUGCGCGGAGAGCCGGCUAUCAGGUCUAUCGGACUUUCAGAAUUCAGAUUCCGCUCAUACCCCAAGACCAUCGACGAGAUGUAUUUGCCGAGUUUUUUAGCCAGCUUCCCUAACCUUGAGAUUCUUGAAAUCAACUCGUCCCAUUAUGAGGCUCGCGAGUUGUGCAUUAUGAUCGAAGCGAUACUCAAGGUUACCCACAUACAACGGAUUUACCAGAGAACAAUUCAUGGGGAAUGGGGAGACAAGCUUCGUAAAGUGACGGGUAUGCACGGAGUAGAGCUUAUUUGGGGUGACAGGCCAAGGGAAUGGCCGCUGAAGAUAGAUGAUUAGUCCCACUCGCCCCCAUUAAGGCAUUGUAUUCAGAAUAUAACUUUGUCUUUGCCAUAUGAGAUACACUCGCGGGUUUCAGGUGGAGGUGAAUCACCUCGCAUCGCAGGCUUGCGAUUCAUGGCUGUCGGCCCCUCAAGACCCCAGUAUUGCACACAAGAUAACAUGAGACAAAUUAUGUGACAUGAUAUCAAUCAAUUUCUCUUCCGAAUGCGUUAUAUCGAGCAUAUCGUUUCCUCUUUCGAUAUCAGCCCAAGGACUUCUGUGCGGACGUUUCAUACCCCGAUCUAAGAACAACAAUCCCAACGCCUGCCCUACAAAUAUGCAUUCUGAAGACAGCAAUGAUAGCUAGAAUAUC